UUGUUAAUUAAUAUUUUAUAAUUAUUGAUAUGUAAUAUAAAGUUAGUAUUAAUGGAUUGAAAAUGUUGUUUAAAUACACGACAAACACAUUAAUGACAAUCAAAUGGUUUAUAAUAUUGUUGUCAUUUUCAACACAAAUCUCAAGAGGUUUUGCAUUCUUCGAUGGCUUGUAUUGCGGUCGAGACAACUGUUAUGAUAUAUUGGGAGUGACCAGACAGUCGCCACGCGAUGAGAUAUCAAGAGAGUACCGCAAGUUGGCCCGCAAAUGGCAUCCCGAUGUCCAUAAGGGUGAAGAAGCCAAACAAAUUGCUACCGAAAAGUUCCGUCAGUUGGCCAACGCUUACGAAGUGCUACGGGAAGAGGAAAGUCGUAGAGAUUAUGAUUAUAUGUUAGACAAUCCCGACGAAAUGUAUGCCCAUUAUUACCGAUACUACCGGCGUAUGUAUACACCCAAAGUGGACGUCCGUAUUGUCAUUGUUGUGACCAUUACUGUCAUAUCUGGCUUUCAAUAUUAUGCAAUGCAUUCCCGAUUUAAAGAAGCCAUCGAUUAUUUUUUAACAGUUCCUAAAUAUAGAUUGAAAGCACAAGAAAUAGCCAAAACUGACGGACUUAUUGACAAUUCAGCGGCCAAUCGUAAGAAGAAUCGGUUCCGUAAUAAAGAUGACAUUAAAAUUGAAGAAGAAAAUAUCUUAAGGAAGAUAAUUGAAGAGAAAAUGGAUAUUAAAGGCGGUUAUCAAAAGCCUUCGUAUAAGAAUGUCCUUUGGAUUCAAUUGAUAUUUCUUCCCUAUACUAUCACUAUGUAUCUCAUUUGGUACUUUAGAUGGAUCUGGAAAUUUACCAUUAAUAAGGAAGAAUUAGGAGAUGAAGAGAAAAAAUAUAUAAUAAGGAAAUACAUGUCAUUGUCUCAACUUCAAUGGGAAGCUCUGUCCGAUGAUGAGAUCGAAGAGUAUAUGAUUGAUGAGUUGUGGAUGAAAGACAAGUUUGAUGUCUGGAAAAAGAAUAAAGACGACGAAACAAAGGCUCAAAUGGCAGAGAGUUCUAGUUAUAAACGUUACCGAAGAUAUAUGAGGAAAGGAGGUCCCGGACAGAUGACAUUCCUCGAUGACUGAGCCCAAUGGUUAACAAUAACAACCAAUGGCCACAUCUUUUUUAGGUUUCAAAUAAAUUUUAUUAUAUAAGUCUUCCUUUUAAAAUAUUUGCGGUACAGACUAGUCGUUCUCGGAUUAGAUAUUAUUUGGUUCAAAAUUAUCAUUUUUUUGUCUAUCGUUAUUAUUAUAAGAUAUGACAGUUUUAUAUGUUUAUAUUGU